AAUCACACAUCCAUUCUGUUCUAGUAACUACCGGCUAUGGGAAGAAAAUGCGGCGGCGGCGGCGGCGGCGGAGCAAACCGGUCGAUUUCCGAUCGUGUCCUCCGCAGCCGUAUCGAAUCAGCCUCGAAGAGCAACGCAACAGUCGAACAAUUGGUGGAACACCUCCGUUCCAGAUACGUUGAAUACGUCCGUCAGAAACGCCAGCCCUUCACCAGACGGGUGGAAUCGAUUUUUCAGUCCAUAAGCAGCAGGAUAGACAACGCCGUUGAUGAUUCCAACGACGACGGCGAUACUCCAAUUACAAAGAAACGGAGGAGAACCGACGAGAAAGAGGAAAGGUUAGGGCUUAUCGAAGCUCAGCACUUGAGGAAGAGGAUUAACAGCGGCGAUGUUUGGAACAAUAGCAGCAGCGGCGGCGGCGGCGGCUCAUCUUCUUCUGUGGUGGCAUCCGCUAGUUCCUUGGAGGAAGAGGAGGGUUCCUCCGAUGAAAAGGUGUCCACAUCUUCAGCAGACGCCAUCUAUGGGGAGAAGUUCGAGCCGGAGUUUGACUUGAUGAAGUUGACGGUGAGGGAAAACUUGCGCAGAAAAGCCGAGAAAAUGGGGGAGGGGAAGAAGGUUAAGAAAGAUGUAGAAUUGAAGAUUGUGGAUAACACAGUUGUGAAAAAUGUCAACUUGGUUAAAUUGGGUGAUGUUCCGAGUAAGAUUAGUAAGAAUGAUAAUGGUGAUAAGAAUAAAGGGAUAAUGUUUAAGGAUUUAGGGGGAAUGCGUGGAGUGAUUGAGAAGUUGAAAACCGAGGUGAUUGUGCCGUUGUAUCAUCUGAAUGUACUGCGCUACCUCGGCGGGGGCCCAAUGGCAGGGAUUUUGUUCCACGGGCCACCGGGAUGUGGGAAGACCACGUUGGCUCGGGCCAUUGCCAACGAGACUGGACUUCCGUUUUACCAAAUUUCCGGUACUGAAUUGGUCUCUGGAGUUUCAGGUGCAUCAGAAGAAAAUAUCCGAGACUUGUUCACAAAAGCACAGAGGACAGCGCCAUCUAUUGUGUUCAUCGACGAAAUUGAUGCAAUUGCUUCGAAAAGGGAAAAUUUGCAGAGGGAAACAGAUCGACGCAUUGUGACACAGUUGAUGACAUGCAUGGAUCAAUCAAACAGGCUCGUACAACAUUUUGACGACGAUGCAGAUUCUGAAAUUUCUGGUUCAAGACAACCUGGCCACGUUCUUGUAAUUGGAGCAACCAAUAGACCUGAUGCUGUUGAUUCUGCCUUGAGGAGGCCUGGACGAUUUGAUCGUGAAUUUCUUCUAGGUGUUCCGGAUGAAUCUGCUCGGGUUGAAAUACUGUCUGUGCUAACACAGAAUUUGAAACUCGAAGGUGAUUUUGAUCUUGGGAAAUUAGCUAGGUCUACUCCAGGGUUUGUUGGAGCAGAUCUGAAAGCACUAGUCAACGAGGCUGUUUACCUUGCAUUAAAUAGAAUCAUAAACGAAAGAAAGGUGGAGUUUUCCAAAAAACCGACAAACAGGGAUGAUUGUGACGAUUGGUGGAAGCAGCUAUUUUCAGAUGAAGAAAUGAACGAACUCUGCAUAACCAUGAAUGACUUUGAGGAAGUUGUUAAACUGGUUCAACCUUCUUCUAGAAGAGAAGGAUUUUCUGCUAUACCAAAUGUGAAGUGGGAUGAUAUUGGAGGUUAUAGUUCUCUCAGACAGGAGUUUAACCGCUCGAUAGUCAGACGUAUAAAGUAUCCUGAAGUUUAUGAUGAUAUUGGGAUGAACUUGGCGACGGGAUUUUUGCUCUAUGGGCCUCCAGGUUGCGGAAAGACAUUGAUUGCCAAAGCUGUUGCUAAUGAAGCAGGAGCUAAUUUCAUACAUAUCCAGGGCCCUGAGCUCCUGAACAAAUAUGUUGGUGAAACUGAGUUGGCAGUGCGGACAAUAUUCAGUCGUGCAAGAAUAUGUUCUCCAUGCAUCCUGUUCUUCGAUGAGGUGGAUGCGUUGACUACAAAGCGUGGUACAGAAGGGGGGUGGGUUGUUGAGCGGACCUUGAACCAGCUUUUAGUAGAGCUAGACGGUGCAGAACAAAGACGGGGUGUUUAUGUAAUUGGCGCUACAAAUAGGCCCGAUGUCAUGGAUCCUGCUCUGCUUCGGCCCGGAAGAUUUGGAAAGCUUAUGUAUGUUCCUCUGCCUACUCCAGAUGAACGUGCAAUGAUUUUGAAAGCCCUUGCUCGAAAGAUGCCAAUAGAUGAUGAUGUGGACCUGCUGGCUAUUGGGAACGCGUGUGAACAUUUCAAUGGUGCUGAUCUCGCUAAUCUGAUUAAUGAAGUUGGCAAGCUUGCUGCUGACGAGAGAGUGAAACUUCUUGAAGAGAGAGAGAAACAGAAAACACCAUGUAGAAACUCCGACUUACCUCCGAUCACCAUUAAAAACAAAUAUUUCAAGAGAACAUUGGAGAAUAUCCCUCCUCCCUCUGUUUCGUACCAGGAAAGACUACACUACAAUCUUUUGUCUGAAAGAUUCAAAGGUGCUUGAGAGCAGAGUUUAUGCUCAAAAUGAUUUUGUCUUUUUUUUUUUUUUUUUUUUUUCCCCCUCAUAUGAGUUAAUUAUACAGUUAAAUUGUUAAUAGCUAUAGAGUUCUAGAUAACCCCAAAAAAAAAAAAAAAAAAAAAAUCUUAGUUUAAUACUUUAAUUAUAGCUAAUUGUAAAAGACUCCUUGAUAGCAAUUAACAAUCACAAUCAAGUAUUACAAGUAAAUGCAAAUAAAUGGUAAUGAGCCCCUACUUGCCUA